AUGCCUCAGCUUUACAGGCGAGAACCACCGAUUAAUGACAUGGAGCAUCCAGAUCACUUGGAACCAACAGAUGCGGACGAUUCCAUCAUCCUCUCAGAUCUUGUUCGUAGCGGCGAAGCGUCCAGAUUGCGGAGAAGAGGUGCAAUGCGACUUGAUCAUAAUGUUGUGAACGCCCAGCGUGUAGAAGCUGGACGUACAACCCCACCAGUAGUGAGGGUGGAGAGGUCACCCUCGUGGAUUGAAUCUCCCAGCGAUGAUGAGGAGUCAAGCCAGACUUGGGAGCAAGGCUACGAAGCGCCGCUGUCGCCGCAGACGGACACGAUAGCUGCAGGAGGGCCAGACCCAUACUGCCACAUAUUAUUUUGCGGUGGGGACGACGAGAAACCAUUUAUAAAUAGGCCCUCGGUGUGUGCUCAAUCACCGCUACCGUCAUAUCCACCGCCAUCGCAUCCAAGUGGCUAUCAGGCACCCAGAUGGCAAACCAAUGGAUGUGGAGCUGUCAUCCAUAUGCGAGCUUCACGUCGGGAUAACUCUAGUGUGUGGAUAGCUAAGAAUGAGGCGUCAUCUGCUGUAGUUCCAUUGGAUACAUCAUACUUCGAACGUGCUGCGGUUAUCCGAAUGGUCCGCAGCGCGUGUGGCUGUCUUCGUGAAGGCGUUGGAUGUGCUAUAUGCGGAAAUCCGUUAGGGUCUCGGUAUAAACCAUGCCAGGCUGCAGCGGAGGGUCUCUUUGCUUCUCGUCAUCACCCGAAGGGUCCUCUGACUCCUGAAGGUCCUAGGUAUUGGCAUGCGCACUCAUCACCUCUGCAGCAUGCACAAACCUAUGUGUAUACCUUUUUCGCUGAGAAUGUGACGUCUGCACCGACGCAACACAUGACGGCUGGGGACGACUGCCCGUCUCCCGCGCUACAACAAGAUUUCCUGUCUCCUAUCGACAACCCAUAUUCCUACACAUUUUUUGAUCGCAUUGUCACCGCUUCCCCUUCACCCAUGUCGAAUCGUGGGCGUGAUAGCCCCGACUCGGAUGUUUCAUCGCGCAUUGAACCACAGUUUGAUCCAGACGGUGUGUUCAUUGCUGCCGAUCCUGGAUCACCGGACAAGAUAGGCGCCGGUUUGACUCUUCUCCCUGAACGGUAA